CCGAGCCCGAGAACGUCGCGAUGGUGCAAAUCCAGAUUAUCAGAACGCAAGUACACCGGGACAUGGCAAUAACAAUGCUUAUCGCGCUGUAGCACCAGAUCUAAAAUCCGUUAUAGAUGCGGCCGAAAGAAGAAAACGUAAUCAAAGUUUUUGGGUGGUGACAUGGAGCACACUCAGUGGUCUGUCAUAUGCUGUAACAUGACAUACAUGGCGGGUGUUUUAUUAUUGCUUAAGUAAAUGCUCACACCUAAAUUUCUGAAACGCGCCUCUCGCCCUAAUUCUUGCAACAGUUUUAGAGAUAUGUACUGCUUGGAGGAUCUAUGCCCAAGGCAUAUCAAGAUGUAAAGAUUAUAGCUGUGGGCUUGCAGGCAAUGGCACCUUUGAAUGGCGUUACCCAAAUACAAGGUGAUUUUACUAAAUUGAGUACGGCUCAAUCGAUCAUAGAACAUUUUGGAGGUGAAGAUCAAAAAGCUCAGCUUGUGAUCAAGAAAAUACGAGUCUGGCGAAGCCAAACAGUAUAUAACUAGGAGAGCUGCUUUACGGAAAUUGCAACUAUCAUUAAACGACUUUCGUCGGUUGUGCAUAAUUAAGGGCGUAUAUCCCCGAGAGCCCAAACACAGACAAUCCAGAAGAACCAACAGCAAUAUAACGACAAAGUGACCGCAUUGGUUUCAGGAGCAGGUAUUGGGCUCGUCUUUGUGCAACGUUCCCCUAGUCCAGCCCACAACCAAGCUAGCAGUGUUUUUUACAUUACCAAUUUAGUAAGACCCUUUACAGUGCUUCAGUUAAAAGGUUUAUUGGCACGAGCUGGGAAAAUUGUCGAAGAUGGCUUUUGGAUUGAUUAGUUUUCACUUUCUAAUUGAUUUGGAAAAUCUUGUCUU